AGCUUGGAGCCGCUGAACAAGAGGGACUGUCCAGCUUCCAGAUGCUAGGCCUCCCAUGGAACAUGACACUCACGGGCUGGAUCACCUGUGCUGCAGUGGCUGUACUGCUGCUGCUGCUGCUGCUGGCUACCUGUCUUUUCCAUGGACCACGGGACCAUGACGUGGAGAGGAAUCGCCCAGUCACAGGGAGAAACCAAGUCCGGCAAGCCCAGCCUCGGUUCUUUCAGGGCCGGGGUCCCCUAAGAACCUUUCAUUAUCCCUAUCACCUGUGUCAUGUGCCUCGGGUGCCUAGAGCAGACCUCCAUCACCACCAGCCCCACCUGCAGCAUCCCAAUCUCCUCCACCAUCACCAACAUCACCAUCACCAUCACCAUCACCAUGCUCAUGGAGCCCGCCGCUGAUACCUGUGGAUGAUGGCUGCCCCUGUUCUGCCUGCUAUCCAUCACUCAGACAAGUGAACCCCGAUGGAGUUUGUGGAGAUAAGUGUGUUUCUGGGGAGAAUGAUGGAUAUUGGGCCCUGGUCAGACUGAUCAUUUGUAGACUAUACUACCCUACUACAAAGCAGAGAACUGAGACCACCUGGGGUGACCCUGUGAACACUGUAGGGUUCAGAAGUGGGGAACAGGGUUGCCUGGACAUCCUGUCUUGUGACUAUAACUCUUGGUGACUCCAUAGAUAACAAGCAUGUCUGGCAGAGCCAGCACAGAGUCAUUUUCUCUUGUAAACCACCUUCCUUCUCAUGUGACAAGAGUAGAAUCGACUCCCCAGCCUCCACCUGACCAAUCCUGUGACCAUGGUCAAUCAGACUGUAUCUCUGGCCACCUGACCAUUGGACUAUACCUGUAACUGUGUUGAAUAACUAUGUAUACAUCUGGCCCCGGUUCUUCCCCUAUAGAAACCUAAGGCUCAUGUCUGUACAGGCUGAGAUGCUUACUUUGCCUCGUCCUGCAACAUGUCUGUGCUGUAUAAUAAAUCUUUC